GCUCCACCUCUCUCCAAAGGGUCACCCAGAUGUCACCUCUUUCUUCCUAUCAAGGAAAUGAGCAGACCUAUCAAGACGAAAUUCCUCAGCCUGACCGAGAGAAUGAUUGGUCCCAUAAGGUCAAGAUACAGAGAGGAAAGAGGCCUCCUAGUGCCCCACCUCACUGGAAAACAAACUGGGACCCAGCAUCCAUUCAGCGAGGUGAAGGCGGAGCGACAAGCGCGAUAGGAUCAAUUGCAGCUGCGCGCAGUUGCAUUUCCGUCCCCGCCCUACAGGACCUGCAGCACAACCUGUCAUGGCGGCCGGGCUGUUAGGGUUGUACGCUCGUCGCCUUUUGGCAGCAGCGGCGACGCGUGGGCCCCGGGGUGCCCGCGUUCGCUGGGAAUCCAGCUCCUCCAGGGCUGUGGUCACUCCGACCACUGUGGCCAGAAAGCGGGCGCCAGAACCGGCCGCACAAUGGCAGGAGGACCCAGAACCCGAGGAAGAAAACUUAUAUGAGAAGAACCCAGACUCUCAUGGCUUCGACCAGGACCCUGUCAUAGACAUCUGGAACAUGCGAGUUGUCUUCUUCUUUGGCUUCUCCAUUAUUAUCGUCUUUGGCACUACCUUUGUGGCUUAUAUGCCUGACUACAGGAUGCAGGAGUGGGCCCGUCGAGAAGCUGAGAGGCUUGUGAAAUACCGAGAGGCUAACAGCCUCCCCAUCAUGGAAUCCAACUGCUUCGACCCUAGCAAGAUCCAGCUGCCGGAUGAUGACUGACCAGCGUGGACCUCAAGAAGAGCCGCCUUCCCGGGCUGGGGAUUUAACUCAGUGGUGCCUCGCCUGCCUCAAAAGCGCAAGGUCCUGAGUUCAAUCACUGGUACCGCAAAAAAAAAAAAAAAAAAAAAAAGAGCCACCUUCCCCACUCCCUGCCUGCCAUUCUGCCCACUCCUCAGGGCACAUAAUUAAAGGGACUGAAAAAUC